UACUGCGGAGCAGAGGGUGCUCUUGGUUUGGUUUUUUUUUUCAACUUUUGCAGAUUAAUAGAGUCUGGUUUCCUGUCAGGUUUUUGCAUUUUUCUUCUCCGCCCCUCCCAGCCUGUGACACACUUUUUCUUUCUUUCUGUCUUGCCACUUGCUCGUUCUGACACUGGUGCAUUUGCAUCCUGUAUUCCAGAGCCCUCUUCUCCCUAGACUCUUGGCUACCUGCAGGGCUGUGGCCCUUGCCGUUCCCUUCCAUCCCAGCAGAUGCAGAGCACGGUUCACCUCUCUAGGGCUCCUGCAGAGGGAUAUUUACAAGUGCAUGGAGAUGACCUAGUGAAUUUCACCCAGCAGCAGGACAGCAAGUGAGCCUGGUCACUCAUGAGCGCCCAAGGAGCAGAGCCAGAAAUGGAUGACUGCCUAGAGAUGCUGAAAGAUGAGGAGGAAGCCCUGUGGGAGAAUGUAGAAUGCAAUCGGCACAUGCUGAGCCGGUACAUCAAUCCAGCCAAGUUGACCCCAUAUCUGCGUCAGUGUAAAGUCAUUGACGAGCAAGAUGAGGACGAGGUGCUCAACUCGCAUAUGCUGCUCUCCAAAAUUAACCGAGCAGGCCGGCUGCUGGACAUCCUUCAUACCAAGGGGCAAAGGGGCUAUGUCGUUUUCUUAGAGAGCCUGGAGUUUUACUAUCCUGAACUCUACAAACUGGUGACAGGGAAGGAGCCCACACGGAGAUUUUCUACCAUUGUCGUGGAGGAGGGACAUGAGGGUCUCACCCAUUUCCUAAUGAAUGAAAUCAUUAAGCUACAGCAGCAGGUGAAGACAAAGGAUGUGCAGCGCUGUGAACUCUUGGCCAAGUCCCGCCAGCUGGAGGAUGACAGGAAGCAGCUGAAACUGAACAAUAUAGAGUUGCUGACCUUCCAGGAGAGAUACAACAAGAUGAAGGAGGAAAGAAACAACUACAAUGACGAGCUGAUCAAGGUGAAGGAUGAGAACUACAACCUGGCCAUGAGAUACGCCCAGCUGAGCGAAGAGAAGAACAUGGCUGUGAUGAGGAGCCGGGACCUCCAGCUAGAGAUUGACCAGCUGAAGCAUCGGUUGAAUAAGAUGGAGGAGGAGUGCAAGCUGGAGAGGAACCAGUCACUGAAGCUGAAGAAUGACAUUGAAAACCGACCCAAGAAGGAACAGGUUCUGGAGUUGGAGCGGGAGAAUGAGAUCAUGAAGACCAAAAUCCAAGAGUUACAGUCUAUCAUUCAGGCUGGCAAACGUAGCUUGCCAGAUUCAGACAAAGCCAUCUUGGAUAUCUUGGAGCAUGACCGUAAGGAGGCGCUAGAGGACCGCCAGGAGCUGGUCAACAAGAUUUUUUAUCUCCAGGAGGAGAUCCGUCAUGUGGAAGAUCUGAGAGACAAGUAUCUUGAGGAGAAAGAAGACCUGGAAUUAAAGUGCUCAACUCUGGGGAAAGACUGUGAGAUGUACAAGCACCGUAUGACCACUGUGAUGAUACAGCUUGAGGAGGUGGAGAAGGAGCGAGACCAGGCAUUUCGUUCCCGAGAUGAGGCACAGACCCAGUACUCACAGUGCCUGAUUGAGAAGGACAAGUACAGGAAGCAGAUCCGGGAGCUGGAGGAGAAGAACGAUGAACUUCGGAUCGAGGCAGUCCGGAAGGAGGCUUGCAUUGUUAACCUGGAGUGCAAACUCCGACGACUCUCUAAGGAGAACUGUCAUGACCAGAGUUUACCAAGGAAUCUGCCAGUUACCAUUAUUUCCCAGACCUUUGGUACUCCUGGCCCCAAAGCCAAUGGUCAGGAAGCAGAUGACUCCUCCACUUCUGAAGAGUCAGCAGAAGACAAUAAAUUCUUCCUCCUUGAUCAGUCUCGACUUAAGAGAAGAAUGAACCUGAAGGGAAUUCAGCUACCACGAGCUAAAUCCCCCAUCAAUACAAGCAAACCAUCAGAUUUUCAAGCAGUCAGAGCACAGGAUGAAGAUGGGGCUGAUGCCAGCAGCAGCCGCACAGACACCAGUUCCUCCAAUCCUGUUUCCAUCAAUAAUUCAGUCAGCAGCUGUGAAGUUGGCAAAAUUCAAACCCUGAGAAAUCGCAACCACAGUAUCAUGUCCACCACUCCAGAACCUCCAGGAAAUGACUCGAUAGUCCGACGGUGCAAAGAGGACGCUCCUCAUUGCAGCCUGACUGAGGAGGACAAUGACAGCUUUUGCUAUGAUACUUUGGAACUAGAUGAUGACAGUCAUGACAGAUACUCCCAUGGAGCCCCCUCAGUGCACUCCUCCUCAUCCUCUCACCAGUCUGAAGGCAUGGAAGCCUAUGACCUUGAGCACGUCAGCUCCAUUUUUAGGAAGUUCUCUCUGGAAAGACCUUUCCGUCCUUCUGUGACAUCUGUUGGUCGCAUUAAGAACUCUUGCCACACUAUCCAGCGCAUCACACUGAAUGGAGACAGCCUCAACUCAGAAAUCACUCUGCUGGGGGGAAAUGACAAAGGAAGCUUCAUCAGCUCUGUCAAGCUGGGAUCCCUAGCAGAGAAAGCAGGCCUCCGGGAGGGACAUCAGCUGCUUCUGCUGGAAGGCUGCAUCAAAGGGGAAAAUCAGAGCGUUCCCUUGGAUACCUGCACAAAGGAAGAAGCUCACUGGACAAUUCAGAGGUGCAGUGGACCAGUAACACUCCAGUAUAAACCAAACCAUGAAGGUUACAGGAAACUGCUUUCGGAACUGGAUGAAGGACUGAUCACGUCAGGAGACUCAUUUCACAUCCGUCUGAAUCUGAACAUUUCUAGCCAGCUGGACUGCUGCUCCCUGUCGGUGAAGUGUGAUGAGAUAGUGCAUAUUCUUGACACCAUGUACCAGGGGAAGUGUGAGUGGCUGUGUGCCAGAGUUGACCCUUUCACUGACAGGAACCUGGAAACAGGGACCAUCCCCAGCUACAGCAGAGCCCAGCAACUCUUUCUGGUGAAGCUACAGCGGUUGAUGCACAGAGGCAGCAGGGAUGAGACGGAAAGUUCAUCCAACACUCUUCGAGCACUCCGGAAUACACUGCAGCCAGAGGACCCACAGAAUGACCCCAAAGCCAGCCCUCGCCUCUCCCGCGCAAGCUUCCUUUUGGGACAAAUUUUACAGUUUGUUAGCAGGUCUGAAAACAAAUACAAACGUAUGAACAGCAAUGAGCGAGUCCGCAUUGUCACUGGUUAUUCCUCCAGUCUGGCCCGGACCUCUUCUGAAGCAAUGAAGCUGUUGCCUGAUAAACUGGAAGAUUUGGAUUCAGAAAGUGAAAUCAAUAAGAGCCUAAGUCUGAUCCCCUAUAGUUUGGUGCGACCAAUCCACUGUGACCGCAGGCGCCCGGUCCUCUUCUCUCCCACUAUGCUUGCAAAGACCUUGGUGCAGAAGCUUCUCAAUUCUGGAGGUGCCUUGGAAUUCAACAUGUGCAAGCCAGAUAUUAUGACAAAGGAAGAGUUCCUAAGGAAGCAAAGGACGGAGACUAUCAUCUUUUCCAGAGAGAAGAAUCCAAACACCUAUGAAUGCAUUGUACCUGCCAAUAUUGAGGCCGUCACUGCCAAGAAUAAGCAUUGUCUGCUGGAAGCUGGGAUAAGCUGCACAAAGGAUUUAAUCAAAGCCAAGAUAUAUCCCAUUAUUCUCUUUAUCAGAGUCUCAGAGAAAAACAUCAAAAGGUUCAGGAAGCUGUUGCCAAAGCCAGAGACUGAGGAGGAGUUCCUACGCAUGUGUCGCCAGAAGGAGAAAGAGCUGGAGACACUACCAUGCCUUUAUGCCCCCCUAGAGGCAGACAUGUGGAGCAGUAUUGAGGAUCUCAUCCGAAUAAUCAAGGAGAAGAUUGGGGAAGAGCAGCGUAAAACCAUCUGGAUAGACGAAGAUCAGCUAUAAAAAUAGCAGCAAAUAAAAUGGAGCUCAUUGGCAAUGAAAGGACACCGUAAAGUGGAGCUGAGGCUUUCAGAAUUCUCUGAUGCAGUGCCGGCCGCUCCUGUUUCAUCUUUGCUGGCUGGGGACUCUUGCUGCUGGCAGAAUUUGUGUGUCUAAUGAAAUCAGAGCUGUGUGUUUAACAGUGAGUGUCCCAGAUGCUAGGUAGCUAGGACAUGGAUGAGAACGCUGCUACCGGCAUAGUGCCGGAUCCCCCAUUCAGAGUCGGCAGCUGUUUAACACAUGAGAAGGCCAAAGAUCUCGAGAGAGAGCUUGAGGUAAUUUAUUAUGUAUAAAGAUGGACCUCAUUAGUUUCCUGAUGUGACCAGAGUAGUGAAAUCUAUAGGGAGAUAAAGGAUCAGGGUCAGGCUGAAGGACAUGGAACCUAUGGAGCACCCCACGCCCAGUCCAAAGUGAGAAGCUGAGUAUGUUCCAUUAACGAAGCUGCAAGGUGCCCAGUAGCAACAGAAACACUGCAACUGAUACCCUCCGCAGCUACCCAGCCCUGUGUGUACAUGUAUGUGCAGUCAUGUGGGAAGGAAAGGAAAUAACCCUUGUUCCUGGCAUUAAUGAAAAUGACAGUUUAUUUUCCCUUUAUUUUUAAACCUCCCUUCUGUUUAGCAAAUUGCAGGAGCCUGCCUAGUUGUGGCACCCUCAACAAAGCAAACUCCCAGCUCCCCAAUGGCAAAUCAAACCUUUCCAAAUGGGCCCACCCUUCACUUUGUUGAUCCCCGUUACUGUUAUUUUACUAGUCCCACUACUUCAAUCCUGAAUUUCAAAAAGAUGCCAAUAUAGUUAAAAAGUAGAGUAUAUAGAACUAUAACUCAACCCAUCUUAAUCUACGGAACAAAGACUUGGCCAGCCACAAGAAAGGAAAUCAGUAUGCUCUCCACCAUGGAAAUGAAGAUGUUGAGAUUGUCAAAUGGUUGGAUGCUCCAUGAUAGGAAAUGUAAUGAGGUUGUAAGGGGCCUUAUGUGGGUUGCCGCAACUGAAGUCAAGUUGAGGAAGGUUAGGUUAUGUCAGUAUGGAGACCUGAGAGCUAUAUCAGUAGAAUGGCUCUUGCAAUGAUUGUAGACAGAAGAGGACAAAAGGGGAGACCAAAGACUUGGUACAUAGACCAAAUAUCUCUAGACCUCAGAGAGACCAAUCUGCAUGACAGCCAGGCAUACAGUCGUGAGUUUUGGAAGAAGGCUAUAAAAGUUGCUGACUCCCAGUAGGAAAGUGGUGAGAAAGAAGAAGAAUUUUGGUGCAGGACUAACACUCCUGGAAACUGGAUGUCUGCAUUUACCCCAGAGACCUACAUGCUACCCCAGCACUGCCAUCUGCCAACAUGCCCGCUCUGAAUAGGAGGGACCAUUUUUAGAGGAUGAUUGGGAAAAUUCUUCCUCUAGGAGAAAUUCUUCCUCUAGGGGAAGUUCAGUUUCAGUGACCAAUUUGGUCCUUGGCCUCUGCCAUGAUUGCCAGCAUGGAAGCCAAUGAGUAUCACACUUGGCUGUAGACAUCUGGGGUAAAAUUUUCAAAAGUGUCUACAUUACUUAGGAACAUAGGCCCCAUUUUCAAAGCACUGCCUUCUGUUGACAGUCAGUGGGACGUAAGCGCCUUUGUCACUUAUGUGCUUCUGAAAAUGUUACGCCUGUACACUAGGCACUGGAUUGAAACCACCAAAUUAAUUUUCACAGCAGCCUUCCAAUAUUAAUGAUGUGCCCCUCUACUGACCUGGAAUAAAUGAAACAGUGACCUGUGGCUGUACAUUCCUUUUCCCUUGAGUCAUCCGUGCCUCCUCAUUCGCCUCCCUUUUUAGAUGGAUUCUACACUGAAAGUUGUCGUUGCCCCUGUGCUCAUCCAGAGUCCCUGGUUUCAGUGCUUCAGGCCAGCAUGCAGCAGCUAGUAAUAAAAAGGCACACAGAGCCCAAGCAAAACAUCUGGUACUGUCACAGUUGCUAGAUGAGUGACUGCAUUAUCCUUGGGAGGUGUCUCUGAUGUUCAUGUGUGCUGGGUGCCUCUCCACGGUGAUGCACUUUUUUCUGUCCUGGUCAGCUUGCCAGACUGUGCCUACACAUGCAGUGGUGUACUUUAUUAUUUUUUUCUUAUGGUACCUAAUAGAAAUCAUUGCCUAUUUUCCCUCUCAUUCCCUGCUACUGUGCCCAUCACAUCAUUAAUGUUUGAAAAGCUGUUCAUAGCAAGUAUUUCUCUGAGAAUAGUUAGUUGUCUGUCCUACUCCAUAUGCUGGGAAUCUGCCCUCUUCUGCAGUGUAGGGGAGUAGAGAGAUUAUACCACUACUAGUAGUUUGUAAUCCCAAAAUUCUUUACAGAUUAUAGUAUGCAUAUGUAAUGACAUGCAACCAUUCUGUGGCAAGGAGUAACAACCAACUGGUGUACUCAGCACAUUGCAUGAUUCUCUAGAGGGCAUUUGUCACUUACAAGAUCUGAAGGCAACAUCAUUUAGGAGGGCUACAUGUCAGAGUGGCAUUUUCCAGGUAUUUGUCAUGUCCUGAGACCACAGGGUUUAGUGUUGAACCAUCUUUAUGCAGAGACAAUGGGAAGGUGGCAAUAGAGACUGAGGUUGGAGGAGAUGAUAGAACUAAUUAUUUUUGUAAAAGGAGUGACUCCAUGGAAGCGAUGCAGUCUCCUGGCAUCUUAACGCACCUACUGUGAUUUCCAAGGCCGUUGAUACUGUGAGGAAUUCUGAGUGUCUGCUGGUGUGAACUAGUGGAGUCAUCCCUAGCUCAACAAGCAGAAGUCCCAGUUCUAGUAUGCCCAAUUCCUUUACACAGGUGUCUGGCAACCUGUAUAGUAUGUGGAAUCCUCAUCCAUUUUUCCAGGCUGAAUUAUUGGAGAUGGGCUGGAAGUUUUGUUCCCCAUCUGAUCCCCAGAUGUGAACUCAAGGGGCAGGGCCACAGCUGGUGUACAUUGCCAUAGCCUCAUUGAAGUCAGUGGAAUUAUCUGUGACAACAUACACCAGCUGAGGAUCUGGAUCCUGAUCCAAGUGUCACCUCUCUGUAAUGGGGCAAACUAACCUGUGGUAUCUACACAUAUGCAAACAAAUAUGUGUUUUUCCAAAUCUGAGGGUGUUCAGCAUCUGUGUUCAGACUCCGCCUGUUCCAAAAAUAGAUUUGAGAUCCACCUUUGGAUCUGGGGCUCAGUUCCAGGUUUUUGAUUCAUCUAGUUCUUAUUUGUGAUGUAUCUUCUUAAAUUACCAACCCCACCUCCCUCAGUCACCCAGACAUUCUUCUGAACACAGCCAAUCUGUUAAUCAUCCUUGGGUAGCAGACAACAUUUAUUCAGAGUUUGCAAGGGAUUAGGAGCAAUAACUAAGCAAAUUGCCCACCAGACAACUAAUUGGAAAUUGGUUUAAUUUAUUGUAGAAUAAAGAUGGGCCAAAAAUCCCAGUCUGAACUCUCCUGGGUGUGGGGGUUUGAAAUCCAGAUUAGAAUCCAAGCUUUCCCAAAUGUCAGGCUGUUCACUCUUUAGCUCAAGGAGUGUCUCUUCAUUCUUCAUUUGUACAGCCCCUAGCACAAUGGGGGUCCUGGUCCAAUAUUGGGCCUUCUAGGUGCUACCACGAUACAAGUAAAUAAUAUCAAUAAAACAGUCCAUUAAAGAAACAUUCAAGCUGCAAUACCACAUUCAAACUGGAAUCCAGGGUUUGAAUCUGGAGAUUUGGCUCAAGGCUAUCUCUACUGAAGAUGCAUCUGAUUUGUAUAGCCUAUAGUAAGUAAGCAAAGUUUACAUCAAACUCUUAAAAUACAAGUUACUGAAGGUUUGUAAUUGGAAGCUGGAAAAUGUCUCAAUUUUCUUCAAAAAUCUUAAGUUGAAAAGGUGAGAUUUCCAACAUCCAAGGUAAUUGCCUUGUCACUUGAUGAGCUAUUUAUUUUGUAAGAACACUUACAGAACCAGGAAAUAAAAAUCUUUUUUAAAAAAUGAA